ACUGCUUUCACUUACGUUCGACUGGCGAACACCAGUUUGGGCGAAGCUCUGUUGCUGUGUUGGUGAAUUCCGUGUGUUACGUGUUAUCGAAAUAAAUUUUUCGUACGUGCCAACAAGGAAUCGAAAAUCCGUACUCGAGAGACAGAUUAGCUAUGGAUUUCCGCGAAUCUGUCUCUCGUGUGCAGAAAUAUGGCUUCCCCCUUGAAAAAAACGCAUCUUGGUGGCUUAUAGACUGAGUUAUCACUUCAUGGGGAUUAAUAUAAUGGCCGCUGCUGAUGGAAACUGCAUUGAAAGUCGACCCAUCAGUCCCUAUCCAACACUUCGCUCUGUCUCGUAACUUUUUCAUCGCUUGGCAGCAUCGAAACGCAUCUCGUCAGGCCCUGUGGGGCAAAGCUCCUUCGGACCCACGGACAGUUCUCGCCCCACCAUCACAGUUCGACGCCCUACGAAGCAAGAUACAUCACCUCAAAUCCGAAAUUGUCAGUCUGAUCGCUCAAGACAUGGAACUUUUUGAACAACUAUUCGCUCUGCAGGAGGAAAUACUGGAACUCAGAGAACAGCUUGAGUGCUGUCCAAGUUCCGAUGAGUCAUCGUCACCUUACGACUCGCCGUGUUCAACUCUGUCCAGCCUCAGCUCAAGUGAAAAUGGCCGUAAGUGCCCCAAGCAUUCUCGAAGUUUCGUGAGACAUCAAGUCUCAUACCCACCGAUAAGACUUAAUCGUUCGCAGAGAAUAAAAGCUAGCAGUCCCCAGCAUGGUUAUCAGGAUUCAUACGACUCGGGAAUUCACACUUCAGACCACGAGAUAUUUGUGUAGUACGUAAGAAUAUACGAGAACAGCUCACAUAUUGUGUUUAUUAUUCAGUUCAAAAUAAAUAAAUAAAUAAAUAAAUAAAUAAAUGAACGGCAAAUUGUAAAA